AAAAUGUCAGCUUGCUGUUCAAGCUGUACUGCCUCACGGUGAUGACCCUGGUUGCUGCCACGUACACGGUGGCACUGCGGUACACCAGGACAGUGGAGACAGAGCUCUACUUUUCAACAACAGCUGUGUGUGUCACUGAAGUUAUCAAGCUGUUCCUGAGCCUGGGAAUCUUGGCUAAAGAAACUGGAAGUCUGACAAGAUUAAUAACAUCUUUAAAAGAAAAUGUAUUUGGAAGUCCUAAAGAACUGCUGAAAUUAAGUGUUCCAUCUGUGGUGUAUGCUCUCCAAAACAAUAUGGCAUUCGUGGCUCUUAGCAACUUGGAUGCUGCAGUCUACCAGGUGACAUACCAGUUGAAGAUCCCUUGUACAGCUUUAUGUACAGUCCUGAUGCUGAGCCGUACCCUUAGUAAGUUGCAGUGGUUCUCUGUCUUCAUGCUGUGUGGUGGUGUUACCCUUGUUCAGUGGGAGCCUGCUCAGGCUACAAAAGUACAGGUGGAGCAGAACCCAUGGCUAGGGUUUGGAGCAAUUGCUGUGGCAGUGUUUUGUUCAGGAUUUGCAGGAGUUUAUUUUGAAAAGGUGUUAAAGAGUUCAGAUACUUCCUUGUGGGUGAGGAACAUUCAGCUGUACUUAUCUGGGAUUGUGGUGAAUUUAUUUGUUGUGUACAUGUCAGAUGGAGCCAAAGUUCUUGAGAAAGGGUUUUUCUAUGGCUACACAUACUACGUCUGGUUUGUUGUCUUUCUGGCCAGCGUGGGUGGCCUCUACACCUCGGUGGUUGUUAAGUACACAGAUAACAUCAUGAAAGGCUUUUCUGCAGCGGCAGCCAUUGUUCUCUCUACUGUGGCAUCAGUCAUCCUCUUUGGCCUCCAGAUAACUGCUACCUUCUCCCUGGGUGCUCUCCUGGUGUGUAUUUCUAUUUACCUCUAUGGAUUACCUCGACAAGACACCACAAAAAUCCAGCCCUCAGAGACUAAAACCUCUAAAGAGAGACUUGCUACUGUGUGAUGCCCAUAAAAAUGGACAGAUGGACAAGAGAAAAAAUAGACUUUUAAAAAGACUGCUUUUUUUUUCAAAAUUAGCCUUAAGCUAGUCAUGAAAUGGUUUAAGUUGGUAGAGUAAAAGCAGAAGGUAGUUCUGUUUCACAUGAGGAGUUUCCAGUGGCUGACACUGAGGCUACACUGCAGCUGAGGAGCUGGCUGGGUAUUUUAUGGAAGGUAUUCUUCAUUCACAUCGACAAUGAAGAGUCUCAUUUACAGGGAAAACCCAAUGAAGGAACUGAUCACUCAAUUGUAUAUAAUGUAUAUAAUGGAGGGAAAUUGGUUCUUUGUGUAUUUGAUAAACUGUCUUGCUCUUUGAGGGCAGAUAUGCCUGAAAAGCUUCAUAAAAAAAACUAUUAAAAAAGCAACUACUGCCACCAUUUUCUCUUAA